GGGGGAAGUAUAUGGGAGCGAAAGGGAAGCGGAUGUGUGGGUAGAAGUUUGGGGGGGGUGGACUUGAUUGAAUGUAAUCAGAUGGAGUUCGUGCAGAGGUGAAGCGAGAUAGAGUUCGUGUGGACGGGAUGUAGCGGGGACCGGGUUUUGGCUGCACGAUUAUGGAGGCUGGUCGUCGAAAUGACGGCUGGGAGACAAUGUAAGGUGCUGUCGCCCAGGGUGUUGGCGUUGCUGCAGGAUCGUUGCCGUGCAAUAUCGCUGGGUUCUGUUGUGUGGCAACAGACAAGACGGAUGCUUGUUGAUCGGACUGGUAUGCUACGAAGGGUGGGGACGAAUGCGAAUGCGGUCUCGGGGAGAAGUGGUCUUGGAGACUGCAGCGAUGCUAUUGGCAAAACUCGAAGGACAGGACCAGCACCGUUGGUGAGCUGUGAUGGAGAGAAUGCUGGUUCGACUGGGAGAUGGAGGGAGGGAAGGAAGCCGCACCAAGCGAUGGCUUCUUCCCGAAGCGCCUGUCCGGGAACCGGGGGGUUAUAUAUCCGCCGCGGGAGGAUCCGAAACUUGCAGACACCCGACCUGGCCGGUCGACGAACGACCGAACACCAGACGGUCGAACGACCGACAAGGCCAGGCGAUGCACGUUUGCUCUUGAUCCCCUCACUCUCCGCCCCGCCAGUCCCGUAUCUCAGCCGUCCCUCGGGCACGGACAGGGCUGGGACGCACUCUCGAGAUGGGAGCUCGCGGCCGCAGCCAUGCGGGAUGUGCAUCGGCAUUGCCAGCGUCUCCGGUUUGGUUGUCCGAUAUAUGGGCGACGCGGCAUGUCCAGCCACCGAAUCUGCGAUGGAGGAAUGGGGGGGGGAUCGGCCACCGCUGUCCAAUGCUCAGACCGAUGGUGUUCACGACUGACAACAUGGUGGGCCGCUUGCCGCUGAGGGUAACGGCAGAAUGGGGGCGGGCAGACCGGCUGGCAGAUGCGAAUAAGCUGGGAGCGGUCGAGGAAGGCCCGCUUGUCCGGGGGACGGCGUUGGGAUUGCA